ACAGAGUGGAGCGUGGAUGUUGGAGUACUCUAACACUGAUAUAAAUUGAUGUGGUAUUGCCAAGAUGUUGUUGCGCCUACUGCCUCUUCUCUUCUUGCAUACGUGUGCUUUAAAUCUGGAGACCCAGAAUCCAAAAAAUUUCUCUGGACCCAAAGGCAGUUACUUUGGAUUUUCCAUUGACAUCUAUGAACCUAAAGACAAGGGGUUCAGCAUUGUUGUUGGCGCUCCAAAACUGAACACUUCUCAGCCCGGGGUCACUAGUGGUGGUGGCGUCUUCCUGUGCCCAUGGCAGUUUGGAAGCAAUGGUUGCUCUAUCAUACCAUUUGACCGAACAGGUGACAUAAAUGACUCUAAGAAUAAUGUAGUACAGGUUUUUAAGUCUGACCAGUGGUUUGGCGCAACAGUAAGAACCUGGAAAACUAACAUUCUGGCUUGCGCCCCUUUGCAACAUUUUACAUUCCAACUUAGAGGCGAUAGAUUCAAUCAAUCUGGGAAAACUCCCACUGGAGCUUGUUACUUGACUACGGAUCUGAAGAACAGCUAUGAAUUUGCUCCAUGUCGAGAGCUUACUGUAGAGUAUACCUACGCCCUAAGGAAUUAUCGAAACGAUAAACGUGAUUGUGAGCUUGGAUUCAGUGCAGAAAUAAGCAAGGAUGGACUGCUGUUAGCAGGAGCGCCAACUGGCUUCUUUUUUGAUGGACUAUUCAUGACUGUGCCGCUGACCUCUAUACAGAACGCUCCCACUGGCAUUCAACGAUAUUUUCAUAAGCUGUAUACAUCACCUGAGUUUACAGUUUCAGCUGACGCAUAUCAAGGGUUCUCAGUUACUUACGGUGAAUUUACAUAUGAUGAUAAUCCAGACCUGAUCAUUGGAGUCCCAAACUAUCUUGAUGUUGGAGCGGUUCAUAUAUAUUCCAAUUCACGUCUAUUUCAGGUCAUCAAAGGGACUCAGGUCGCGGCAUAUUUUGGCUAUGCAGUAGCUGUGACUGAUAUUGACAAAGAUGGGUUUGAUGAUCUCCUGGUUGGUGCUCCUGUUUUCUUAGAGCGCCGCACUGGUGGAAAGUUGAAAGAGGUUGGGCAAGUUUACGUGUACAUGCAAAGGGUGACAAAAAUGUUUGGCAAAGAUUAUCAGAUCCUUAGUGGCAACCAUGUUUAUGGACAAUUUGGUGCAUCAAUUGCUCCAUUGGGAGACCUGGAUCAGGAUGGAUACAAUGAUGUGGCUGUUGGCUCGCCAUUUGGAGGAAAAUCUGGAGGCGGCUGUGUGUAUAUAUAUAAAGGAGAAAAGUCUGGGCUGUCAGCACAACCAUCGCAGACCCUGGAGAACCCUUUAUCGACACCUUCCAAAUUUGGCUUUACACUCAGAGGAGGAAAAGAUUUUGAUGAUAAUGGGUAUCCAGAUUUGAUUGUCGGUGCAUUCGGAGCAGACACGGUGUAUUUAUACAGAGCCCAGCCUGUGGUUGCCCUACAUGCCUCCGUCUCCUUUGUGCCAGGUAUCUUGAACCCUGAUGUGAAGAGUUGUACACUUGCUUCCAGGAGAGUCAGCUGCUUUGAUGUGAUCAUCUGCAUCCAAGCCUCUGCAAAAACCUCUGGAAAAAUCCAGCAAAGCAUGCUAAAUCUUUUAGCUGACAUUCAGUUGGACAGCCAAAAGAACAGAAUUCUUCGUAGAACCUUCUUCAUUGAUGCUACAACACCUAGCAAAACAGUAUCUAUCAAAGUGCCAAAUAAUGGGGCAUCUGUGUGCAGUAAUGUCACAGCCUACCUGAAGGAUGAAUCAGAGUUUAAGGAUAAACUCAGUCCUAUAGUUGUUAGCGUCAACAUAACUUUGGCCGUGCCCCCCGCAGGUGUCUUAUCUCCAGUAAUACAAGGAAACUCCUUUCUUCAAGAGCAGAUUCAUAUCCUUUUGGACUGUGGUGAUGACAACAUCUGCAUACCUGACCUUCGUCUGAUAGCAAGCUGGGAUGAAAAACCUCUGGUAAUCGGGGUGGAUAAUCUUGCACAAAUUGAAUUCCAUACCAGAAACCAAGGAGAAGGGGCCUAUGAAGCUGAACUCUACAUCUGGCUUCCUUCCGGGGCACACUACAUACAGGUCUUAAGUAAAGCUAAGGAAAAAAUUAUUUGUGGUCCUAGAAAAACAAAUGGGACUGAACUUGUUAUUUGUGAGCUGGGGAAUCCCAUGAAACAAGGGGCAGAGAUACCUGCUGCCCUACAGCUGACCAUCAGUAAUCUGGAAGAGAGUGGGAGCAACAUCUCUAUCCCUAUGCAGAUAAAGAGCCGAAACAGUCAGAACUCAAGUAGCCCAAUGGUUUGGGUGCACAUGGACAUCAUAGUGAAAAUGUCACUCGAUCUCCGAGGGAGUAUUCACCCGGCAGAAGUUAUUCUUCCUUUACCCAACUGGGAAUUAAAUGAGGAUUCAAAGAACCCCAGUGAUAGAGGAGAAAUGGUGACUCAAAUUUAUGAGCUCCAUAACGGUGGACCUGGCACUGUCCAUGUUCAGUUAGUCAUUCAGAGCCCUGAAUACUAUGAAGGGGAACUUUUCCUGUACCCAUUCAAUCUGAUGAUAGAUGACAACAUGAAUUGUUCUCAGAGGUCACCCAUAAACACUCUACAGCUUAUGAAGCCAACUGUGGCCCCUCUCAGCAAGGCAGAUAGUCAUAGAAUGAAUAGGAGAGAAUUGCGAGGAGAUUAUGAUGAUGAUAUGAGGACAGAAAAUGGAAGCCAAACCCCCACAGAAGACAUUCUCCAUUCUAAACUACCCCUUCUUCUAAAUUGUGCUAAUUCGACUUGUUGGGAGAUAACAUGUGUCAUUAAGAACAUGGAAAAAGGGCACAGAGCGACGCUGAAACUUGACUCUGUUCUGUGGGUCUCCAGCUUCCUCAAGAGACCACAGCAGAAGUUCAUGUUGCGUUCCAAUGGUUACUUUGAGGUGACAGAUGUUCCUUACAGAAUCAAGCCUACGGCCUACAUAUUCAAUGAUACAUCUGCUGACCUGGUGGUCCAAUGGGUAACUCCUGAUGGACAGAAAGAAAUUCCCUUAUGGUGGAUAAUCCUUGGAGUCCUUGGGGGACUACUCAUCCUUGCAAUCUUUAUAUUUGUCAUGUGGAAGCUUGGAUUCUUUAGAAGGAACCGACCACCUUCUGAUGAUGAGGACAGUUUAACCGAGGGGCAAUAAUGGAUGAUCUUUCACUUCAUUGUGAUGUUAAUGUCUUUGCGGUUUAAAAUAACUUUUUGUGAUCAUAAAAUUCUAAAUAAAUAAACCAUUCCUCUUUUACAUUCAUGUUGAAUAAUUAUGCAGUGUACUAUUUUUAGGUAUAUACCUUUUUUCCUUACUUGUGUUUUUGUGGGGUUUCUCCAACAUUUAAAAAAAAAAAUUUAAAUAAAUAUUUCUAGACAAAUCCCAGUCGCCAGGUCCCCAUUGUGAUUGAGAAUUUCUUCUUGACAUCUUGGA